AUGGGUUCCAUGCGUCUUGUAGUAGUGGCAGUGUGGUGUGUGGUUGCGAUGCAUGGAGGGUUUUCAGUCUCAUAUGCUCAGCUAAGUCCAAAGUUCUACGAUGAAACAUGUCCACAACUCAAAAAUAUUGUGUUUGGAGUCAUUCUCAGAGCUUCCUUCUCCGAUCCCCGUAUAGGUGCCAGCCUCAUCAGGCUUCAUUUUCAUGAUUGCUUUGUUCAAGGUUGUGAUGGAUCAGUUUUGUUGAACAACACUGCAACAAUAGAAAGCGAGCAAGAUGCAGUUCCAAACAAAAACUCAAUAAGGGGUUUGAAUGUUGUCAAUGACAUUAAAACAAUGGUGGAAGCUUUUUGUCCAGCCACAGUUUCUUGUGCUGAUAUUCUUGCUAUUGCAGCUGAAGUAGCUUCUGUUCUGGGUGGAGGUCCAUCAUGGCCAAUUCCAUUGGGAAGAAGGGACAGCUUAACAGCAAAUCUAACCCUUGCAAAUCAAAAUCUUCCAGCACCUUUCUUCACACUUGAUCAACUAAAAGCUUCCUUUGCUGUUCAAGGUCUCAAUACAAUUGAUUUAGUUACACUCUCAGGUGCUCAUACAUUUGGAAGAGCUCACUGUAGUACAUUCAUUAACCGAUUGUACAAUUUCAACAACACUGGAAUUCCUGAUCCAACUUUGAACACAACUUACUUAGAAAUAUUGCGUGAGAUAUGCCCCCAGAAUGGAACUGGGAAUAACAUUACUAAUUUGGACCCUACCACACCUAAUGGAUUUGAUAACCACUACUACUCCAAUCUUCAGCAACUCAAUGGCUUACUUCAAAGUGAUCAAGAGCUAUUCUCCACUCCUAAUGCGGAUACCACUGACAUUGUAAAUAGCUUCAGUAGUGACCAAAAUCUCUUCUUUGAAAACUUUAGCGUGUCAAUCAUAAAAAUGGGCAAAAUUGGAGUGCUAACGGGAGAUGAAGGAGAAAUUCGGUUACAGUGUAAUUUUGUGAAUGGUGACUCUACUGGAUUAGCUGGUCUUGCAUCCAAAGAUUCAAAAGACGUUUUGGUUAAAUUAACGUUCUUAUCAUCCACGCAGCGCGAGUCACUUGUCUAUAUAAAUGGUGGAUAUCUUGCAAGAGCUCUCUGCACACAGUUUUUGGUAUCUAUAUCAGUAAGAAAAAUGAGGUGUUUGAAUCUCUCGGUGACGGUUCUGUGCUGUGUUGUUGUGCUUGGAGGGUUACCCUUCUCCUCAGAUGCACAAUUAGAUCCAUCGUUUUACAAGAAUACUUGUCCUAAAGUUCAUUCCAUUGUGCGUGAAGUCAUCAGGGAAGUUUCAAAGAAAGAUCCUCGUAUGCUUGCUAGUCUCGUCAGGCUUCACUUUCAUGACUGCUUUGUUCAAGGCUGUGAUGCAUCAAUUUUGUUGAACAACACUGCCACUAUAGAAAGCGAACAACAAGCUCUUCCAAACAACAACUCCAUAAGAGGUUUGGAUGUUGUGAAUCAGAUAAAGACUGCGGUGGAAAAUGCUUGUCCGGGCGUAGUUUCUUGUGCUGAUAUUCUUGCCCUUGCAGCUGAAAUAUCUUCUGUUUUGGCUCAUGGUCCUGAUUGGAAAGUUCCAUUGGGAAGAAGGGAUAGUUUAACAGCAAACAGAACCCUGGCUAAUAUAAACCUUCCAGCACCUUUCUUUAACCUAACUCAACUCAAAAACGCUUUCACUGCUCAGGGCCUCAGCACCACUGAUCUAGUUGCACUCUCAGGUGCUCAUACAUUUGGGAGAGCCCAUUGCUCUUUAUUCAUCAGUAGAUUGUACAACUUCAGCGGCACUGGCAAACCUGAUCCAACUCUUGACACAACUUACUUGCAACAACUGCGCCAAAUAUGCCCCAAUGGUGGACCAGAUAACCUUGCCAAUUUUGACCCAACAACUCCUGAUACAAUAGACAAAAACUACUACUCCAAUCUUCAGGGUCACAAGGGUUUGCUUCAGAGUGAUCAAGAGUUGUUCUCAACACCCGGUGCUGAUACCAUUAGCAUUGUCAACAGUUUCAGUAGUGACCAAAAUGUUUUCUUUGACAACUUUAAGGCUUCAAUGAUAAAGAUGGGUAACAUUGGCGUGCUAACGGGGAACAAAGGAGAAAUCCGAAAACAGUGCAAUUUUGUUAACAAGAAAUCAGUUGAUAUUGCUAGUGUGGCCUCCCAAGAGUCAUCUUCAGAGGAGGGUAUGGUUAGCUCAAUCUAAAUAAAUUAGGGUGACAACACUUAGAUAUGUGUGAUUGGAGCUAAUAAGCUAUAGGCGUGUUCAUGUGCUAUGUGCCCACGGCUAGUUGUUAUGUACUGUGUUUGUGACUUUGUGUAAUAACUUCUUUCUUGUAGUUUGAAUCAUGUAGUGCUCAGGAUCAAUUUCUCUCUUUUUAUCUCUCACUUGCUCUGUUUGUGUCCUUCCUCUGGUUUAAAGGGGUCAUGGAGCUAAAACACAGCCCAUCACUGUUUAUAUGCUGUUUUUAUUUAAUAAACUAAAAUUGU